GCAGUUACACAGUUCCCACGAGCCCCUUACGCAGAACGCAACCGCCCCAUUAGCGAAGUCAUCAAGACGGGUGUGGUUCCAAAAUUUGUCGAGUUCCUCCAACGUCAUGACAACCCUCAAUUGCAGCUUGCAGCAACGUGGGCUCUCACCAAUAUCGCGUCAGGGACAUCGGAGCACACCAUGGCCGUGAUGGAGGCGAACGCGGUGCCCAUCCUGGUCGAGCUCUUGGCCUCACCCGACGACGAUGUCCGCGGACAGGCGGUUUGGGCGUUGGGCAACGUUGCGGGUGACUCCCCCAAGUGCCGCGACUUCGUACUCGACCAUAACAUCCUGUCGCAACUGCUGGAGCAGUUGAAGGACAAGAGCAAAAUCUCGUUGCUCCGCGUCGCGACGUGGACGCUGUCCAACCUGUGCCGUGGGAAGCCAGCUCCCAGCUCUUCCGUGACGAGCCAGGCGCUGCCGGCGCUUGCGCGUGUGAUCCACAACACCGAUGACGAGGAGGUACUGACCGAUGUCUGCUGGGCACUGUCGUACCUGUCCGACGGUGACAACGACCGCAUCGAUAACGACCGCAUCGACAGAGUCAUCGAGUCCGGGGUGUGCCGCCGUCUGGUGGGGCUCCUAAUGCGCACCUCCUCGCCAAGCCUGAUGGAGCCGGUGCUCCAUACCGUCCGGAACAUCGUCACGGGUAGCGACAUGCAGACGCAGGUCAUCAUAAACUGUGGUGCACUGCCCUAUCUGCGCAACCUUCUGGUGAUGGACUACAAGAAGAACAUUAAGAAGCAGGUGUGCUGGAUCAUCUCCAACAUAACCGCCGGUACGGAGGAUCAAAUCCAGUCCGUCAUCGAUACCGGGCUCAUCUCGCCGCUCGUUGCGUUGCUGUCCAGCGCCGAGACGGACGUCAGAGGCGAGGCGGCCUGGGCCAUAUCCAACGCCACGUCUCGCGGGACAGCGGAGCAAAUCAAGUACCUUGUUCAGAGCCAUGCCAUCAAGCCGCUGUGCGAUCUGCUUGUCGCUGCAGACGCGCGAAUCAUCGCCGUGGUGUUGGAGGGCCUCAAGAACAUCCUUAAAGUUGGCAACCAGGAAAGCGACAUGCCGGGGGCGGCAGGUGCGAACCUGUUCGCCCGAAUGGUGGGAGCUGCGGGCGGCUGGCGCAAGAUCAAGAGCCUUCUGCAGCACCCCGCAGUAGACUUGCGUGGAAAGGCAGCCGCCAUAUUGGAGGCGCACUUCGAUUCGGACGAUUCUUGUGGCGGCGGCGAGUCGGGGCUCGGUACGUAUUGGACUCCUUAA